AAACAACCAAAAAAACCUUAGACACAUAUCAAGAACAUAUGGGUUCAGGAAAAACUAGGGCUAACCCGACUAACCGUCCAACGGUGAGACACCCUAGUCACGAUCAUCCUUUACGGGUCUUCAAAUCCCAAGAAGGAGAUGAGAUCAUUUGCUCUGGAUGCGAGCUCGAACUAAUCGGGCAAGCUUACAAGUGUACAAAGUCAGAGUGCAGUUACUUCUUGCACAAGUCAUGUUUCAACCUUCCCGGUGAAACCCUUCACAAGUCUCACCCUAAUCACCCUUUGACCCUGGUGCAUUCUCCACCGUACGACCAGUCCAUCUUCUCGUGUGAUGCGUGUGGUGAACAUGGAUCUGGUUUCGCAUACCAUUGCUCUAAGUGCCAGUACGAUGUUCAUGUGGGAUGUGCGUUUGUCCCUGAGACCGUGAAGCGUGAAGACCACGAACACCCUCUCACGCUACUUUACAACACGCCAUGCAAAGGUAGUGAGGAUGGUGUGACUUUCAUAUGUGAUGUUUGUGAAGAAGAUAUGCAAGAGAAUCUAUGGGUGUAUUAUUGCAAAGAAUGUGACUAUGGGACACAUGUACGUUCAUGCGCCACGUAUGAAGAUACUGCUCCAAAGAAAGGAGAAGAAAAAGGAGAAACAAGCUCGGCGGCUUCAGAGAUGAAGUCGGAAAUGGAUGCUAAAAUGGAGAUGGCGAUGAUGCAGGCCCAGUUAGAUGCUAUUGAUGCAGCAGGUAGUUACGUCGGUUCAUGGGAACCAAGGAGGAGAUAUUAUUGGUGAAUUCUUGUACAAAAAAUAUUAUUUGUGAAUUGAUUAUGAGUGUUUAAUUUCUCUUUGUGAAUUUCGGUUCUGAAAUCAGUCCAAGAAAAAUGUCUCAAUAUUAUUUUUUCUUUCUUUGUAUGUUUGUGACUUUCUUUAAAAG